AUAUUCGAUGCAAGCAGCUGCAAUUGAAUUUGCUUACUCCCACGUUGAGCCAACCAAUGUCUUGAAAUAGCGGAGCUCAACACAAAAAUUGCUACUUGGUGUUGGAAACUACUCCUUCAACUGCAAGAACAUUAUUCCAACUCCAAGUACAUCAUGGCUUCCAAUCUUAUUAAAACCUUAACCUUUGUCAUGGCAACUUUAGUUGCUUUCACACUUCAACUCUGCUACUUGUCACCCAUAGAUCCAGUUGUACUGCACAUACCACCUGCUGCAUCUUCAUUUUCUUCAGCCAAAAACAACCAAUUACAGAAUGUGAUUAAACUUGGAGAAGGAAUUAUGAAGAGACCAGAAGAUGUUUGUGUGGAUAAAGGUGUUUUGUAUACAGCUACAGAAGAUGGUUGGAUUAAGAGAAUGGUUAGGAAUGGAAAUUGGGAGAAUUGGAAGCAUAUAGAUAGCUCUACUUUGCUUGGAAUCACAACAUUAAAAGAUGGUGGUCUCAUUGUCUGUGAUGCUACCAUGGGUUUGCUGAAGGUUACAGAAGAAGAUGGUUUCAGUGUUAUCCUUUCACAAGUUAAUGGUUCUCAAUUAUUGUUUACAGAUGAUGUAAUAGAAGCAUCAGAUGGAAAUAUAUAUUUUAGUAUUCCAAGUACCAAAUUUGGUAUGCACAAUUGGUUUCUCGAUGUGCUUGAGGCGAGACCUCAUGGACAAGUUCUAAAAUACAAUCCUAUCUCAAAUGAGACAACUAUUGUCUUUGACGAUUUGGCCUUUCCCAAUGGUGUCGCACUAUCUAAAGACGAAGAUUAUCUUCUAGUUUGUGAAACUUGGAAAUUUAGGUGUAUAAGACAUUGGUUAAAAGGAAAUAAUAAAGGAAAAACAGAUAUCUACAUUGAGAAUCUCCCUGGAGGACCUGAUAACAUUAAUCUUGCUCCUGAUGGCUCAUUUUGGAUCGCUCUACUUCAGAUGACUUCUGAAAGGACAAGUUUUAUGCACACCUCUAAGGUAUUCAAGCACUUGUUAGCUUCAUUUCCAAGGCUAAUUAACUUGUUUAAUAGUGCAAUUAAGUCUGCAAUGGUGGUAAAAGUGGACACUGAAGGCAAUAUUAUAAAAAGGUUUGGUGAUAAUGAUGGGAAGAUUAUUACUGGUGUAACUUCUGUUGUUGAGUUUGAAGACCAUCUUUAUUUAGGUAAUAUAAAUACUGACUUUGUUGGAAAAUUUCAAUUGCCAAGUGCAUAGAUGGAACUAGUGAAGUAAUUUAUGCAUUUAUUGAAUAAGGGGUGAAUAAUAUGCUUGCAUGAGAAAACAUCUUAUAAGUUUUGGUAUGCAUGAGUUAGACGAAUCACACAUAUAUAUUAUGUCAAUUUAGUAGUGAAAAAUUAUGGGUGUGCUUUUGCGUGUGUAGAUAUUUGUUUUUUUGUUAUUUCGAUGCUUUCCGAAUAUGUCUCGUAUUUAAAAGAAGAGUUUGACAAAGAAAAAGAAGAAGGAUUAAUGAGCUCUCUCACAGGGGCGGAUCCAGAUAUUACAUAUUAGUGUGGCUAAAUCGAAAAGAAAGUAUGAACUAAAUUAUAUUGAAAAUAAAAAAUAAUAUUGUUUAAUGAAAUACAUUUACAAUGAAAACCGUCUAGUAUUCAUUUCUUGAAAAUGAGCUAAAAUAACAUCAUUGUUAAUUGUUCCAAGUACAUCUCUUUCUGUAAAAAGGUGCAAGACGUUCAUUUAACCACUAAUCACUCGUUUUGUUACAUAGAUAACUCUUCACAAACUUCAUAGCUGAAAAUACACGUUUCACGCUUGCAGUGGCCAC